AGAGCAAUAUUACUACCGUCAAAAGUCUUCACAGGCUCGGUGGCAAACUGCUGAUUCUCAUCUCUCGCCUAACUCGGGGACUGAAGCUAAACCAUGCUGGCAACCAGGGCACUGCUGUCAAAACAAACGCUGGCUGUUCUCUCUCGCCAGCCUGCCUGUUUUGUUCACCACGGAGAUUAUGGCAACUGGGGAAAUACCAAUAUUGCAGUGGUUUUCUCAGGAUGCGGCUGGUGGGAUGGGACUGAUGUUCAUGAGGGGGUGUACACAAUGUACCACCUAAGCCGUAACGGCGCUCGCUUCCAGAUGUUCGCACCAAAUCAACAGCAGAUGAAUGUGAUGGACCACAUGAGGAAGCAACCUGCCUCUGGAGAGAACCGGAACAUGAUGAUGGAGUCCGCUCGCUUCAGCCACGGUCAGGGAAUGAUGCAAAUGCAGGACCUGUCCAAGCUGGAUGUCAACAGCUUCGACGCCGUCAUCUUCCCCGGAGGCCACGGCGUCAUCAAGAACCUAUCCUCUUUUGUGAAGGACGGCAAAGACUGCAGGCUGCAGAACGACGUGGAGCGGGUGCUCAAGGACUUCCACCGCUCACGCAAGCCAAUCGGCCUGGCCAGCAUGGCUCCGGUGCUGGCCUGCCGUGCGCUGCCCGGGCUCGAGGUGACCAUGGGCUACGAGCGCGACGAAAACACCCGCUGGGGCAACUGGCCUCACACAAACAUGGUGCAGGCCGUGAAGAGCAUGGGGGCGCGUCACACUGUGCGCGAGCCAUACGAGGCAUAUGUGGACGAGAAGAACAAAGUGGUCAGCACCCCUUCCUUCAUGUGGGACACGGAGUAUCACUACCACUAUAUUUUUGACGGCAUUGGAAACAUGGUCAAGCACGUGAUGCGUAUGUCGAGCAAGUGAGCCGGAGCCAGCGUUGACAUUCAACGUACACGUCUGCACUGUGCUGAAUACAGUAUAAAUGCUUUAGUUAAAGAGCAAACGGCUUGUCGUGUGUAAUUGAUGGUUAAUAUGGGUAAACGUGUAGUAAGAAGUUUGUGUGGGAGCAUGUGAAAGGCAUUAAUCCAUUUACGCUGACUCAACAUCAUCUACAAAUACACAGCGUAUGAAACAUUACAUGUGUCUUUGGGUUCAGAUUAAACCAUGGAGGCUCCACACCUUGUAUUGACUUGCUAUCCCCCUUAAGUCACUGAUUAAAUCUCAAGAUGUUAAACAUUCUAAAAAUAAACAGUAAUUAUACCAACA